UUCUCCAUUUACCUCUUUGCCAACCUAAACGCUCUCUGUCUCUCUCUUUCUUUGCCUGAAAGAUGUAUUUGAAAGUAAUGAGAAUCCGUUAGCCCAAAAAAAAAAAAAAAAAAAAAAACUUUCUUUCCAAGAAGGAUCUAAUCUUUGAGAAAGAAAGACCAAAGAGGAACAGAGAUCUGUAAUGGGUUGCUUUCUUGCGUGUUUUGGUUCCUCCAAAGAUCAUGCCCGCAGAAAACAGAGGAGCAAGGUUCAACCUCAUCGAAUCCAAAGAAGUUCAAGUUACAAGCCUGUGCAUUUGGCUGUCUCUUCGGUACAGGGAGAGUCCCAAAACCCUAUUAGCUCGGUUUUAGAAGUCCGAGACAAACCUGAGGAGCAAUUGAGCUUCAGUACCAGGAAGAAAGUAACUUUUGAUUCAAAUGUCAGAACCUAUGAGCACGUUUCAACCCAUGAAUCAUCCUCAGAUAUUUUACCAGAGACCCAAGAGGAGAGUGUGAAGAAGGAGAAGGAGAAGGAGAAGGUGAAUGAGAAGAAGGAAGAAGUUUUAGAAAAAUUAAGCUUGUCUAAGUCUUCCUCUGAAGAUAGUUCAAUCACUACGAGCUUGGGAUCGUACCCUCCAAACCAUAGGUACCAGAAUUGCAGGGAUAGUGAUGAUGAGAAUGAUGAACCUCAGUUUGGGGAUAGUGAUCUUGAUGAUGAGGAUGAGGAUGAGGAUGAUGAUGAGGAUGAAGAUUUUGAUGGAGAGAUAGACUAUGAAGAUGAAAUUGUUGAAUCAAACAGGAAAACUUUUGUUGACGAGGUUAAUAGUCCUAUAACUGUUUGUGAUUUGCCAGAGAGAGAAGUAAAACCAAUUGGGUUUAAUCGGAGUGUUCGUGAUAGGAGUAAAUAUGUUCACUCUGUGCUAAACCCAGUUGAGAAUCUUAGUCAAUGGAAAGCUGUUAAAGGUAGAGGGACUCAACCAGUGAAGGUACCUCAGAAAGAGAAUUUGACUUCGGAUCCAGAACCAAGGCUUUCGUUUAGUUCCGAGCCGAGUUUCAAGGAGUCAUCAUUCAGUUUCAAAUCCAAGAUUGAUCAAGCUAAGAAACCAAAACAAGAAAUAGCAGUUGAUGCUAGCCUUUCAAACUGGUUGGGUUCUGAUGAAACUAAACAUGUUAACGAGACAAGCACAUUCGCGGUAGAGACCGCUACACCCGAAAGAAGCAUAUCUCAAGGAUCAAACUCAUUCAUGAGCCAAGAAGAUAGGCCAAUUUUAGGAGCAUUGACUGUUGAAGAGCUGAGACAGUUUUCAGCUACAUCUUCACCAAAAAAGUCACCGAGCCGAAGCCCUGAUGAGAUGCCCUUAAUAGGGACUGUUGGGACCUACUGGAAUCACACAGACCCAGUAAAGGAUACUGGCUCAGCCUCUUCUUAUAAAGGAAUACCAAACACCACCAGCAAGUACAGAGAGGAUAAGAAAGUGAACUGGCACUCUACCCCAUUUGAGACAAGGUUGGAAAGAGCUUUGAAUACUAGAGGGGUUGCUGAUGCGUAGUCUAGAUAUAAUUCCUAAUGUGCAUUAACUUUGAACUUGUUCUGGCCUAUAUAUGUUUUGGUGUUUGGCAUG